GGGCGUGCGAGGUGACGUCACCGCCAGCUGAUCGGCGCCUGACGUCACCGCGUUCAGGUUGUUGUUGGGCAGCAGAUUUUCUCUUGGUUCGCUCUCACAUUUUGUGUCGCCUCUCACUUCACUUUUCCCCGCGCGUCUUUGUCUCUCUCUGCUUCACUGCCCUGUUCUCGCUCCCCUCCUCCUCCUCGCUCUCGUCUCGCCCGCUCGGAUUAACGCGCCCCGCGAUGUCGUCGCCGAGUCCCGGCAAGAGACGGAUGGACACAGACGUGGUGAAGCUCAUUGAGAGCAAACACGAGGUCACCAUCCUGGGAGGACUCAACGAGUUCGUGGUGAAGUUCUAUGGCCCGGCCGGCACGCCGUACGAGAAUGGGGUGUGGAAGGUGCGGGUGGACCUGCCGGAGAAAUAUCCCUUCAAGUCUCCCUCCAUAGGAUUUAUGAACAAGAUUUUCCACCCAAACAUCGACGAAGCCUCAGGGACCGUGUGUCUGGACGUGAUAAACCAGACGUGGACGGCGCUGUACGACCUGUCGAAUAUCUUUGAGUCGUUCCUGCCACAGCUGCUCGCCUACCCCAACCCGAUCGACCCGCUCAAUGGCGACGCCGCCGCCAUGUACCUGCACAAGCCCGAGGAGUACAAGCAGAAGAUCCGAGAGUACAUCCAGAAGUACGCGACGGAGGAAGCGCUUCGGGAGCAGGAGGGAGCGGCGGCCGACUCGUCGUCCGAGAGCUCCAUGUCCGACUUCUCCGAGGAUGAGACGCAAGACAUGGAGCUAUAGCCGCACUGGCACCGCACUGGCACCGCACUGGCACCGCACUGGCACCGCACUGGCACCGCACUGGCACCGCCACGACACUAACGCGACAUCGACAAAACACUGGCACUUGCACUAAUUUCACACCGAUAUUAGUGCCGACUCCACACUUCACCAACAAGGCAUUGACUCAGCCCUGAAGUACACCGAUCGUCAGUUAGCACUGCACAGGCACUGUAGUGAUACCACACUGGCACCACGCUGAUGCCAACACUGCAACUGUGCUGAUGCUACACGAAGACUGCAUUGACACCACAAUGGCCACGGUAGUGACACCAUACCAGUAUAGCACUGGCACGGAACGUGGCACACUUAUCUGAUACAGUAUAGUACAUGCAUUUAGGACUCUCGCUUAGCACGGUAUAGCGUAACACGCGCGCCCAGUGAUCGUAACACAUCCACGCAGAGCUGCUAACACCGGCGCGGCGCUCUUAACAUUCUCAUACAGCACGCGCAUAACGCACUCAGUGCGCCCGCACUCGUAGUGCGCGCGCACUCCCCCAUUGGUCACUAGCGGCCGGAGCUAAACGGCGCAGUUUGUAGCAAGCUGCUGUUGCGCGGUGUUAACAGAGGCUCUAACGCUGUGUAAAUAAAGUCGCAGUCUACGCUGCAACUCGGAGCAACUUUGUUGCAGCAGCCCGUGACAGUUGCCGCCACUGCACGAGAAAUGAGCGAUUUGAUUGGAUAGAUGCGGGUCACGCGGUCGUCAUUGUGACCCGCUGGCUAUUUCCAACAUGGCGGAUUUUUAAUGCAUUUUUAAUGCAUGUGCAGAGUUUGAUAAGAAAACUACAUUAAUCUGUAUUUAGUAAGAUAAUGAAUACACUUACCAUUACUAUUUUUAUUAAUAUUUUAUAAUUUUCAUAUUAUUUACAUUUCCAAAAUGCCUGGAUAGGUUAUUUUAUUCGUAGGCCAAGCAGGCACCUUUCCUUGCCUAAAUCCUGUACUGGGCUUCCUGGGCCAAUUCGCCCAGGCGAUAGGGGAGGGCGGGCAUCAUGCCUAGGCCUCCACUACACACAGGGGUGGGCUCCGGUUGUGUUUAAUGGCUGUAUAGCACGCAACCUUGUUGCACAAGAGAAGCAACGACAAGUUUCAGUGUUGAAUGUGAGAUGUUGUGCAACAGUUUAACAGCAACCAAGUUUUGUGUAAUAAAAUUGCGCCAUUUAGCUUCAGCUUAAUGCUACGUGCUCACAUAGGACUAUACGGCUCGCAUGAACACAAACGCACGUGCAUAGACAAACACAACGCAGAUGCACAGCACUGACAAACAACACUAACAGCAAACACGUACAGGGUCACAUACAGGGUCACAUACACAUGGACACACAGGCACACAUAAAUGUAUGUAGGCACACGGGGACAAGUACGUGCGCGCACACGACUCGCGCGCAUGUGUGCAAAUGCACACGGACGUGUGCGCAGCCAUGCCUACAGGCACAGAUGGAUACGGGCAUAUUUAUGCUCACGCAUGCACACAAAUUCAGGCAUUCAUACAGGCGCAUAGACACACGCGUGCUCACGUGUACACACCUACUUUUCCCUGCCCCUGCUGUACACACUCUGAUCCCUCCCACUGCUGCCCCCCACCCUGUCCAGGCCCCUCCCCCCCACCCCCAAGAUAUAUUUAACACGUUAACGUUAUUGUUACCGACGCGCUUUCAUUAUUUUGUUUUUUUAGAAAAAGGAAAAAAUAAAACCACCAGUUUUUCGUUUUGGUUGUUUAUCAUCAUCAUCAACAUUAUUAUUACCAUUACUGUGUUAUUAAUAUUAUACUCUUACAAACUCUUACUAUUAUCGUUAUCAUCAUCAUCGUCGUCAUUAUAUCAUUGAUCGCAAGUCUGUCGGCUCUUGUUGGCUCCUGCCAACUGCCCUCUCGCUCGCUCUCUCUCCCUGCCGCCUGCACGUGUAGACGGGUUGGCAGGUCGGCAGACAGGCGGAUAGGGCAGGUAGACGGACAGACAGGUGGAUGCACAGACAGGUAGACAGACAGGUCACGGGUAGACGGACAGACAGGUGUCAUCUGCCUGUAGUUGUACAGCCGGGCGAGGCAGCCCUUUACCCGUGAGUCAUCAGCUGGGUUCGUCUUGCGUUUAAAAACAAAAAGCUUUGGAGAUCGUGCAAUGGCUGUUGCAGAAUGGCUGAGCUUGCCUCGGUUCUACUGUGUUGCACCGUUUUUUUCUCUCGUACUUUUUUUCCUUUUUCUUGUUUUUUGUGUGGUUUUCCUUUUUUAACCAAAGUUUUAGAGGCACCUGACCUUCCCUGCCUGCCUGCCUCCCCUCCUUCCCUCCCUCCCCUCCCUCUCCAUGUCUGCUGUUCCUACCCUGGUUCUUCCCAGCCCAGCGGACACGUGCACGCACGCACGGAAACCGUGGUCCUGUGUCCCCGUGGCUUCCGUCCCUACGAGUCUCGCCGAUUCUCUGUCCCUCUGUGCUUGCCCGGUGUCUCGAGCAUUCUCUUGUCUGUUGCAAGUGCUCUCCGUUUCUCUCUGUCCUCCCGGUCAUUGAAGUGAGGGCACGAGUGCGCGAUCCAGACAUGUCACUGCCCCCUGCGAUGCGAAGAGUGGGAAAAUGCGUUUGCCGAGAGGGGAGCGUAGUUGCGAGUUUUUUUUUGCGUUAGUGAGCGUGCAGCAUAACGGAGUUGGGCGGCAUAGCCAAUGUUCGCGGUGCAUGCGGGAUCGAUAUUGGGGAGAGAGCUCCUCGCCGAGUUAUAUUCGAGUGCAGUGAGUGCGAGUGUGCGGGCAAGAGGGAGGACUUCUGCCGCUAGGGUCUGUAACCUCACCGCAUCCUUGCCGUCUCAUCCCUCUCAGUGUCCCUCAUCCUCGCCCUGUUACCUCACCGUCUCCUUGCCGUGUAUCCUGCAUCCUCGCCCUGUCUCUCACCACCUCACCCUGUCUCCCACGUCCUCACCACCCUGUUCAUUCCUCACCAGCUCUCUCACCUCACCCCGUCUCUCAUCCCCACCGUGUCUCCUUAACCCUGUGUCCCACCACCUCACCAUGUCUACCUCCCAUUAUCUCACACUAAUCCCACCACCCCCCCCCCCCAAUUCUUGCCUCACCUCACCCCAUCUCCCACCUUUCUCCCACCUCCCUCUUGAUUUUAAUUUUCUUGCCGACUUUGAUCUUCUCAACUCGUGCAACUUGUGGUUUGGUAAAAAAACGAAAAAAAAGUAGGUAGGAGUUACGUUAAAAAAAAAUCUGUAAAAAUAAUAAAAAGUUAUAAAACUG